GUGUAUAAUGUAUACAAUUAAGUUUAUCUUGUGCUUAUUUUUAGCAAUUUCAUUGAUAACGGGAUCUAAUACUUACACAAUAUCCAAAGACGUGACCCCAGUUUUUCCUAAAGCUAAAUUGAUCCAUAAUAAACUGGUUAAAGACCUUCCAAAUGGCGAAGAAAUCGUUAUAUCAUGUCCAGAUGAUACCUUUUUGAAUAAAGAAACCUUAACUUGUGAUUUUAUCGUAUUGUCGAGCGAACCUGAUGUAUCUUCUAGAGUAUAUCCAGGUAAUGAUUGCAGAAAAUUCGAUUUAUGUGACGGAAUUCGUUGUGUUGAAAAGAAUUGUCCUCCGCCAUUAUUAUUUAAUAGAAUAUUAGGGGUAUGUGAUUAUCCCGAAAUGGCGGAUUGCUGCGAAUUCGAUGCAAAAAAUCAUGACAGAAUUAUAAAAAAAUUUUAAAUAAAUAUAUUUGUUUAUACGUAGAUACUAAUUGCAAGAUCCAUAUUUGAAAAUCUUUUGAAGAACGUCAUGAUUAGCCUACUACAGAUUUUAUCAAUACAAUUAUCAUAAAAUAUUUAUCAAUAAACAAUAUAAAUCGUUAUUAAUUCUAUAUUAUUCAAUUAUUUAUAGCAGUGACUCGAGCUUGGAAGCUCAAGUUCUGGAGAAGGACUUGAAAUGAAAAAACUGAAUCGAAAUAACUACGAAUUAGGAUAGGACCAAUUAGGAUUGAAAUAAUGGCUGCUACUUAAGUUUUGAGACAUGUCAACAGUCAUAUGUCAAAUUUGACAUUACCAACAUAAAGUUUGACAUUUUUAAUUAUGAACGUUCUCAAAACGUGUUGUCAUACGAGUACAGUUAUUUGAAAUAUCUACUAGAAACAUUAAUUUUGGUCAAAAAAGGAAUUUCUCGUGCAAUGAUUCGCUUGGAUUGAACCAACAACAUCGAUGAUUAUUGGAUUUGUUGUUAAUUUGACAAUCCCCCCAUAAAUAAGCUCGUGUUGAUCGGUGGAUGGAAAUGCUGAGAAAAUUCAACCGCAGUGAUUCAAAAAAACAUCGAUGACAUCAUGACAGGUGACGAAUCAGGAUUCUACGUAUAUAAACCCAAACAAAAACAACAAUCGAUUGUAUGGAUCUUUGAGGAAUCAUUCUCCACUACGACAAUGCGAGCUCUGAUACAUCAGUUCAAACGAAAACGUUUUUGAACAUCAAAACAUCGAAUUGAUGAGUCAUCCACCAUACAGUCCUUGUUUGGCACCCAAUGAUUUCUUUUUGUUCUUAUUCGUUUAACGUUUUUCUACACCUGAAGAAGCAAUUGAAGCAUUGAAAUCACAUGUUUUGAAGAUACUUCAAUCUGAAUCUUUUUCACAUAAUCAUUUUAAAUCUAUGAAUCAAAUUAUUUCUUCUUCUAGUGUGAAAAUAUGCUUUGGACAUCAAAUUCGGUCGUUUUUUUUUCGAUGAUCAUUCUACUUUCCUUUUAUUUUUUCACCUUGUUGAUGUACACAAUCUUAUUAUUGUUCCUAAUCGAUCACCAUCACUUUUCUAGCUGAUGAAACCGUCAUUGUCUUUUUCAAAACCUUUUUAGCCUUUUGUAAUCUACUAAUUUGAUUGCCAGUUAAGGAUCGAUAUAAAAACUGCGACUUAUUUCCCUCAAACGCUCAAAUUAUCUGUUUCGUUACCUAGUACUCAAAACUCUUAUAGCUUAAGAAUGCAUCUUCACACAGUAUAUUUCAAAUGCGGUUUUUUAUGCCGAUAAAAAUAAGGUGAUUUAAAAAUAAAUAUAUUUCACUACUCAUAUGUUAUUUUUAUUAAAUGUUUAUUGCAUCGUAACUUCAAAUGCUAUUAACUGAAAUAUAUCAUUGAAAAUAACAAAUUACAACUAGGGUACAUAAGUGCAAGU